AUGGAGUCUGAGAAGAGGGAGCAGCUCAGGGUAAUUGAUUUUGUCUUUCUCGGCCUUGUGUGGGCCGUUGUGCCCUUGCGACUAUUCGUUCGACGAUGUAUAAUCCACAACAUGGGCAAGGACGACUGGCUGAUGGCAGUUCUACUUUUUCUGUACACGGGGUAUAUCAUCAACGUUGAAGUCGGCUUAGUGUUAGGGUACGGAAUCCAUCGAGCCGAGCUGGCUGAGUGGCAAUGGCACAGCGCCUUAAAGGUGGGCGACAAGCUCCCGAACCCCAAAAACAGCAAGAUGACCAGGGAAUCUGCUGACGCCAGAGCCAUCCACCAGUCUUACUACACAGGCGAGAUGUUUUACAUUGUUUGCACGUGUCUGCUGAAGAUAUCCUUUGGCUUCUUCCUCUUGCGCAUCGCCACGGCGCCGAAAGUGAUACUGACGAUCAAGGUGCUCAUGAUCGGGACCCUGUCAUUCAGCUCCGUCUACUUCAUCAUGGCCAUAUUUCAGUGUCGCCCGGUCAGCGCGUGGUGGGACGAUAACCCACGCUCCGAGGAACGCUGCUGGCCCUCAGACCUCGUGACGAGCAUGACGUUCCUGGCUUCGGCCGUCAACUGCCUUGCUGACUUUUCUUUUGCGCUCCUGCCUGUCCUGGUCGUCUGGCCACUGUCGAUGAGCUUGACGAGAAAAACCCUUAUCGUGAUUUUGAUGGGAAUGGGUGCCGUUGGGAGUUCUGUAACCAUUGUGCGUGCGACGUUGGUGCCUGGCCUUUUGGACGGCGAAGACUUUCUCUAUACAAACCUGGAACUUGCAAUAUGGAGCACCGUCGAAGUGGGCACGGGCAUGAUAGCCGCCUCCUUGGCAUGCCUCCGGCCGCUCAUCCAAACCCUCCGACACAUGUGGGGUGGCAGCGGCCAGGGACCGUCUAGCCGCUGGUGGCAGCUGCGAGCAAACCGUCGCCGCCAGCGCACCGGCCGAAAUUUUCGGCCUGCUGCUCAGGAUGUUACUGAAACUGGGACGUGGGGCUACAACACUGCGAUCAACUCGGCGUCCGGAGGCUCUGGGGAAACCAGAGGGAGGGGCUCAGCAGGCGACGCUAGGAGACGGCAUGGAGGAGAGACUUCGUGGUUGCAAAAGGUGCUGCAGAUUUCAGCCAUAACCACGUCGAGCAUUUCAACCUUUACACACCGCGGUAGGGAGGCGCACAAUGACGGCACUGACAACAUAUCAUUAGCGGAAAACGGGGUUGCUGUCACUGCCACUGCCACUGCCACUGCCGUUAUCGAUGGGGAUACUCGUGCUGCCCUGGACAGGGAUCCAGGGGUUCAGUCACUACCUCGCAUAUCCCAGGAAGACUCUGCUGUCCAAAUACCAACAGAAGAUCAAGAUCAGGGACUGUACGAGCGUGUCGAGAGAACAUUGUCUCGAACGAGAUCCAGUUCCUCAAUCCCACCAAGGGGCCAGCACACGGGAAGUGAUUAG